AUCGAUAGCCAUGGCUCAAUCUCAAUACCACCUCUUCUCUCUUCCUCAAGAGAUUCUCGAUACCCUUGUCCCGCGCAACAUCGCCAAUCAAACUACUGCCCCACCUCCGCCUCGAACGGACUCUGCCACACCCGCCCCGCAACCUACAGCAGGCUCGCGCGCAUGUAAUAUCUGCCUAGGCGCGACGUUCGUCGACGUCGAUGAUCAGCGCGCACACUUUCGCUCCGACUGGCACCGCUACAAUGUGAAGAUACGCCUUGGCGGCGGCGAACCUGUCUCUGAAGCGCGUUUCGCGCAAUUAGUUGACGGCUUGGAGGACUCGAUCUCGGGCUCCGCGUCCUCAUCCGAAGGCGAGUCGGAAGACUCCGACGCCGUCUCCGCGCUCGUCCAAAAGACCCGCAAACUGGCGCGACCAUCAUCUCCAGACGACUCCCACAACCCCUCAAUACCACAAACACCGGUAGUAUGGUUUCACUCCCCGCCCUCCACACAGAUCGGAGUCUACAAAGCCACCUUCCCCGCCGCUACAUCUCCCGAGGACUACCUCUCUGAGCUGAAGGAGAUGCAGCAUGGUGGAGAAUACGGCCGGACGUGGGCUCUGUUCAUGACCGCUGGAGGACACUUUGCCGGGGCUAUCGUGCGUGUGAAGCGGCCAGACGGGGACGACGAGGACGGCGCACCCACAAAGAAGGGAAAGGCAAAACGCCCUAAGCCAGAGAUUGAGGUACUGAAACAUAAGACCUUCCACCGCUACACAACGCGUCGGAAGCAGGGUGGUUCUCAAUCACUCAACGACAAUACUAAGAGCAAGGCCGUCAGUGCCGGCGCAAUGCUCCGGCGGUAUGGGGAAGUAGCUCUACGAGACGACAUCCGCAAUCUGCUCACGGAGUGGGCGGAAGAAAUCCAUGACUGUGAACGCAUCUGGAUUCGGGCGAGCGUGUCAAACCGCCGCAUAUUUCUCGACUACGAGGGCGCCGUCAUCGAGAAAGGCGACGAACGGCUGCGCACCUUUCCCUUCCCUACACGGCGACCAACACAAGCCGAACUCACCCGCUGUCUCCAAGAGCUCACCCGCGUCAAGGUCUCGCACCUCACAGAAGACGCACUCCGCGCCCAAGACGAAGCCGCCAUCGCCGCCCUCCCCAAACCCAGAGCGCUCCCCACCCCCGCCUCGCUCGAAACCCCAAGACCCAAAGAAAAGCCCUCACAGCCACAGCUCUCCCCAGCCGAGGAAGCCCUGCGCGACAAAUGGACCCGCCUCCUCGACAUGGUCAAGCGCGGGCGACUCGACACGCUCAGAGGCUUCUGGGAGCGCGAAGGCGCCGCCCUCGGUGGCGUCGACGCACCCGUUCCCGAAUGGGCCGACGAGCGCGGCGGCACGCUCCUCCAAGUCGCCGUGCACGCGAACCAGGAGGACGUCGUGCGCUUCCUCCUCGAGGACCUUCGCGCAGACCCCACACUCGACGUCCCCGCCCCGCGCCUCACCUCCAGCGUCCCCGCCGAGGCCGAGGACAGCGGCGCAGAGUCCGACGCGGACGCCGGCGCCGAGACACAACGUCUCCCCCGCGCCCGCGGCGGCCGACGCACCGCAUACGACCUCGCGCGCACGAAGGAGGUGCGGAACGUCUUCCGACGUGCCGCGGCCGCGCACAGCGACUGGUGGGACUGGCUCGGGGCCGCGCGCGUCCCGAGUGUGCUGAGCGCGGAGAUGGAGGAGGGCCGCGAGGAGAAGAAGAAGGCGCGCCGGAAGGGGCUGAAGGACAAGGUGCGCGAGCGCGAGGCGCGCGAGAAGGAGGUCGUCGUGGAGGCUCCUCCGCCUCCGCCAGUUGAGGUGCCGCGGGUGGGGCGGAACGUGAAGGAGGCGAAUGCGAGUGGGCCGAGGAAGUUGGGCGGGAGUGCGUCUGCGGUGGAGAGCGUUGCUGGGCUCACUCCGGAGAUGAGGGCGAAGAUCGAGCGGGAGCGGAGAGCGCGCGCGGCGGAGGCACGCAUGAAGGCUCUCCAAGGUGGACGUUCAUAAGGCCUUCUAAACUGCAUUCUAGCCUGGCCUGAUGUUGUAUUGUAUCCAUCCGCGAGAUGCAGGCUGCACAUACACUAUAUACUAGUGGACUGCUCUGGUGACUGCCAUGUUCAGGAGAUACUGGCGUGACUGUACAACAAGUGUCUGGUAUCCCAUUCCGAGCCUGGGGUUUGUUACAAGUACUCGUCGCAGUUCAAGAUGAACUUCGUAUAAAAUCGCACCGACUCCAGCCAGCCCUCUGCACGGAUAGCUUCGUUCACCGUGUGGAAGCCAUUAUACCUAUCUCCCUCGCGUACGUGGGAAUACCGCACAAUGCUUCGCGUCAAGUUCCAAUACCGCGACGUGUCCGUGUUUCCUUUCUCAAUCUGUGGUACGACUACCACCGCCCUACCGCCGUUCCUCUCGGAGUCCCCAAUCGCGCCUCUGAUAGUCCCAGCAAGAAUUUGAUACGGGUCUUCCGGACCUGUAGGUGUAACCGGCGAUGGUUCCAGCUUGUUCCCGAAGGCGACAGAUACCUCGAGAUGUCCCGUGUCCGUCCCUUCUGCGAGUACGGGAUGGCCAAACGCGCCCAUGGUAAGAUUGAAGCGCAUCGCGAGCGGCCGCAGAAGCUUGGUGAUACGCGUCUGCACCUCCAGUACCGAGCUACGCUCGACAAUGCGGUGGUUCACAAUCGCCGCGGCGCGCUCGGGCAGCGCAUUGACUUUGACGCCUCCCUCGAUGAUGUCGACAGCCUGCGUCGUGCGCAGCAGCGCAUCGUACUCCGGGAACGUAUCCAGCAGUGCAUCCUUGAGCUCUGCAAGCGCCGCGUCGCUGUGCACGGCCGCGCGUGCGAGCUCACGCAGUCCAGCGGGGUAUUCUGGAGCGUACGCGGCCGCACACUGCGUCGAGUUGUAUGCACUGCUCUGCCGUGUGAGAACAGGUUCGUACGGGUGUUCUUCAAGCUCGACGAUCAUGGCGGCAAGCAUUCCUAUGGCCGUAUGUCUCGGAGGGACACUAGAAUGUCCGCCUGGGGUGGUAACCUUGAUCUGGACAUCGAGAUACCCCUUCUCAGACAGCGCUGGGAAGGCGAAAAGAAUAUCGCCGCCGUACGCGGCCCCAUAUGCCUCGCCCCCUUCGUCUAACAGGAGCGCGAAGCCAUUCGUCCCGUAUUUCUUCUCAAGAUAGGGCGCGAGGUGACCCGCUCCCUGUGUGCCAGAAGACUCUUCGUCGAAGCCGAACGCCCAUACAAACGUCCUCUGUGGCUCGAAGCCUUUCUCCAGGAGGGCAUCGAUAGCUUGCAGGGAGGCGACCAGGUCUGACUUGUCGUCGCAGGAGCCACGGCCCCAGAUCCAUGUCCCGUCGUAGAUACCCGAAUACGGCGGGUUUGACCAGUCGUCGAACGAUGCCGGAUCGACGGGAACGACGUCUUGGUGUGCGGUCAUCAGCACAGGUAGAGCGGUCUCAUUCGAGCCCUGCCAGUGCAGAACAAUGCCGUACGUGUUGACUUUUAUCACGUUGAGCGUCGUGAAGACUCGAGGGAAGGUCUCUUCGAGGUAUCGAUGUAGCUCCCUGAAGAUGUCCCACCGGCUGUCUUCCCCUACUGGGCGCAUGUCGUCGUACGAUUCGGUCGGGAUCUGAAUUGCACCGCCGAACGCCUUGUAGGCGUCCAACUUGUACGUGUCCUCCGCGAAGAGUCUGGAGAGCUCAUCGUCUAAGGCGCGAAGCCUGGUGGGAGAAAGAGGUUUUGCCUGAGGACAGACGCUUGAUGCAUACUCAUCUAGUUCUGGCGGUGAUAUGCCGGGCGUAACCGGCCGCUGGACCAGAGUAUGCCCAUAGUGGUACCGAGUGGUACCGAAGAAACCGGUGAAGCGUAAGUACAUGAACGUCGCUAGCAGUACUAGUACGACGCCCAUGCGAGCCUUCCCGCUACUGCGAGCAAUGAUUCCUGCGCGUUUCCUAUGGAAGGCACCAGCUGGAAAUGCCUCAGAAGCGCAGAAUUUGACUUGCGCCGCUGGAGAAUCCGACGUCAACCUGGGAGGAGUUG